GAAGUAGCGGCUGAACAAACAGCCCGAGUCAGGUAGAAUUUCUGUGAUUAAAUGUGUCUUUUGUGUGAGCACUGAAGACCAAAAUCAAGACACUCUUCUUGCCUCCAUCGGCUCACUCUCUGUCGCUCGAAUUAGUAGUUGUUGUAUUGUUGUGGUCUCUUUGUGGUCUAUGAAGGAGCUCGAUGGAGAGAUACUCACUCCAGAAGGUCAUCGGUGAGGGCUCUUUCGGUCGGGCCUUGUUGGUCCGGUGUAAAAGCAGUCAGGAGAAGUAUGUGGUCAAGGAAGUCCAGCUGCCAAAGAAUCACUCUGAAUUGGAGAAUUCGAGGAGAGAAGCCAUCCUGCUGUCCAGAAUGAAACAUCCCAACAUUGUGGCCUUCAGGGAGGCAUUCGAAGCUGAUGACUUCCUGUGUAUUGUAAUGGAGUACUGCAGUGGAGGAGACCUGCUCCAGAGGAUUCAGCAACAGAAAGCUGUGCAGUUCUGUGUCGAUGACAUCUUGAGGUGGUUUGCUCAAAUGUGUGCUGCCGCACUGCAUAUCCACGACAGACAGGUUUUGCACAGAGAUCUGAAGUCCAAGAACAUUUUCCUGACAGAUAAUGGGACAAUAAAGCUCGGGGACUUCGGCUCAGCGUGUAUUCUGAACAGCUCAAAGACGUACGCUCAUACAUAUGUUGGGACACCAUAUUAUGUGGCUCCAGAAAUCUGGGACAACAAGCCAUACAACAAUAAGAGUGAUGUGUGGUCUCUGGCCUGCGUUCUCUACGAGCUCUGCACCCUGCGACACCCGUUCCAGGCAUCCAGCUGGAGGAGCCUGAUCCUUAAGGUGUGCCGGGGUGCGUACCCUCCCCUCCCCAAUCGCCUGCCCUAUGAGCUGCAGUACUUGCUCAAGCAGAUGUUUAAGACCAACCCAAAAGACCGUCCGUCCCUGCACAGCAUCCUGACUUCUCACCGCGUUUCCAGACUCCUGCGUACGCACCUGCCCUCCCAGGCGCUGGAGACGCAGGAACAAGGGAGGCGUACGGGGCGAUGGGACAAACGAGAGGGGAAGAAGGUGGCUCAUCUUCUGGGAGAGAGGAGUUUAAUAAAAACGUCAACAUGUGAAGGAGUGGGGUUUCCCGAAGCGCACUGUAAAAGCAGGGGGCCGGGUCCUCGAAAGCGGUGGGCCGCUGAGCCAUCGGACACCGUGCGGCAGAUGUUGGCCAACGCCAGCCUCGUCUCAUCUGACCGCACGGCAUCAACCAACCAGGCCUUCGCGGCUUCUACUCACGGAGAGCCAGAGGACGGCAGGCAGAGGAGACAAUGGAACAAAGAUCCUCCUGAGAGGCUUCUGAGUCUGUUGGAGAAGGCCCGGCUCAGCAGAGCCUUCAGCACCUUUUUAAUAAGCACCGGAGUUGAUGACCCUCUGGUAGGACCCCUCUCCCAACCGCGGGGGGACGACACUGACGGCGGUGAGCCUGAAGUGGCUGAAGACGAGGAGCGUCUGCGGUCGCGCUCUGAUGACGAGGACACAGACUUUGAGGAAGAAUCUCCGUGCGACUGGAUGGAUGAAGUUGAGAAAAUGCUGUCGGAACACUAAAGCCUCGUUUGUUCAAUCACAAGGAGUUGACAUUCACCAACGACACUAAAUCAUUUCACAUCAUGUACAUGAGACCAAGUAUAUGAGACCAAGUGAGGCGGUAACGCAUUAGUUUAUGUAUAUUGAUCUGCACGGGUCUGUGUGAACCUGAUUGCACUGCUGCUACAAAACACGGCAAGUUUAGUUGGAUAUUGUUGAAUUUGUUGUUAUGAAAACCUUUUUAUUUAUUUAUUUUUUACAUAAAGAUGUUUGAGAUGUGUGUAUGUGUGUGUCUCUCUGCACUCUUCCUCCCAUUUGAUUUGGCACAUCUGCCGCGUACUGGUCGAGUUACCAAUGAUAACAUUCCCAGUAGAUUGAGGCCGUCUGGAAGCUCCUGUUUGCCUUUGUCGGGGGGGUCAGGAAGUACUAGCCUCAGAGCAGCCGGGUCUCCACGGGGUCGCACCAUUUUGAGUCCGUCCUGUUGAUGACCAUUUCCUAAGUACACUAAACAUGUCCAGUCAUUGGUAUCCUUUUGUCUUUUAAUUCAAUGGGGCAGACGCUGACUGCUGGUCUAUUAAUGUAAUGUACCACUAGGUGGAGUUGAGAUCCCUGAUGUGAGCCGUUUGUAGUGAAACAUCUGCUUCUGGCUCAGAUAUAAUUAAACCUUUGUUGAAGUCCUUUUUGAUAUUAAGAAUCGAAUAUAGUCAAAUAAAUAUUGGAGUGCUCCUACUGCUUAGCUAUUGCCACCCGAAAGGGCAUAAAGACAUUUAAUAAAAGGGAACAAGUA